GAGCGCAUCCACAAAUAUAGAAGACGACAUUGUAUUAAUACUCGUUCUUUCGGGUCGUUUUAUAGAGUAUGAUGAUAUCUUCAUCUCGAGUCACAGACAAAAGACAGUUCUGAAGAUUUGACAUUUUGCUAUGCACGUAAGGUGUUCGACAUAAUUCCGCAGAGAUUGUUUUAUAUGACAACGUUGUGGAACGAGGAAAACCCAAACUAGCUCCUUAAGAUAGUAAUGAGGUUUGGCCUCAUGAGAUCACUUCUGAUUCACCCGUGUGGUGGCUCCAUCACCACUGUCCGAUCAACAACGACGUCUGCUCAGUAUGUGGCUUCCAGAUCAAGAGACCCUGUUUUCGAGAAGCUCAUGGACAAAUACAAGAACCUUCUCAAGGUCAUCGCCAUACAAGACCUUAUCGUCGCGAAUCCAACAGCUGAUCCUCCUUGUGUAUCCAUUGAGUUUCUCUCCAGGCUCUCCCAGAAGCUCCACCUCAACCGUGGCGCCGCUUCUUUUCUGCGCAAGUACCCUCACAUUUUUCAUGUCUUUUAUGAUCCUGCGAAAUAUCAGCCCUUUUGCAGGUUAACUGAUAUAGCCAUGGAGAUUUCUCGUCAAGAGGCUUUGGCUAUCUCUGCUACUCUGUCUCUUGUUGUUGACCGGUUGGUUAGGCUUUUGUCUAUGUCGAUAUCAAAGUCAAUCCCGCUUCGUGCGGUUUUCAAGGUUUGGAGAGAACUCGGGCUCCCAGAUGAUUUUGAGGACUCUGUGAUCUCAAAGAACCCUCACGUUUUUAGGCUUAGUGAUGGUCAUGAACCCAAUACCCAUAUCUUAGAGCUCGUUCAGGAAGACGAGAAAAGACUGAGUUUUGAAGCAGCGGUUGAGAAAUGGAGGGUGGUUGAGUGUUCCAAGGAGAAUUGCAGUGUCGAUAGAACCGAAAUUCAGUUUAGCUUCAAACAUAGUUACCCACCAGGAAUGAGACUGAGCAAGGACUUUAAGGCUAGAGUUAAGGAAUGGCAGAAGCUGCCUUAUUUGGGACCAUACGAGGACAUGAUUGGUAAGAAAAAAAGCAAAUCUGGUGUGAUGGGAUUAGAGAAAAGAGCGGUUGCGAUUGCUCACGAGUUCCUCAGCCUGACUGUGGAGAAUAUGGUGGAGGUAGAAAAGAUCAGCCAUUUCAGAAAAUGUUUUGGGAUUGAUUUGAACAUAAGAGAUUUGUUCUUGGAUCACCCAGGCAUGUUUUACAUGUCAACUAAAGGGAAAAGACACACGGUGUUUCUCAGAGAGGCUUAUGAGAGGGGACGUUUGAUAAAUCCAAAUCCAGUCUACGACGCGAGGAGGAAGCUUCUUGAUCUUGUCCUCUUGGGUCGCCAUGCUGCUAUAUCAGACUCUAGGGACACAAAUUUGUCUGAAGAAGAAUGAAAAAUUUCUUGGUCCUUUUUAGCCUAAGAUAUGCAAGUGAGAUGCGAUCACCAAGAAUCACUUGUGUAUGAAACACUUGAGAGAUGCGAUCACCAAGAAUGAAGCAAUCUUGAACCUCUUUAACUGCAUAUGCGUCGAGGAAUGACAAUACAAGAUAAUCUCUGUCUCUGUGCCGUUUGACUGAUCAAUCCCGACCCGAUUCUCGGAUCAAAUGUCUUGCUCACAAGCAAUGUUUUAGCAGGAAAAGCAAGUGACUUGACGCAUAAGUGAGUAUUUAGGUUAAAUUGAUUUCCUGCAGAAGUUUUGAUCCGUCUUUGUUGUGUACUUUGUAGGUUAUGUCGACAGAAACUAUCCAAACUGAAUAAGUCUUCUUUCUUUGGAUUUUGCUUGGCUGCUAAAUGCUGCAUGUGGCUUUCCUUGUGCUACUAAAACUCUUUUUUUUUAUUAUUUUAGAAAGAAAAUUACAUGUUUUAAAUCUCUAAUUGCAAUCUUGUUUUUAUCAUUUGUCAUUAC